GUCCAAAUACAGUCACAUCCUGAGGUCCUGGUGGUCAGGAUGCCAAGAUACAAAUUUUUGGGAGGAAUACAAUUUAGUCCAUGGCAGGGGGAACCUCAGAGACUAUAUCCCACUGCUUGACAACAAGGAGCCCUCUUAUCCCAGUGUAAUGAGUAGGCUUUUAAACAGUUAAUAUUAGCAGUUUUUGAAAAAUAAACUAAUAUUAAGUAUAUUCAAAGGAAGCCACACUUCAGCUCAUCACAGUCUCUCAUCAUAAACUAACAGCUCUUAGGAAGUGAUUCCUGAAUAUAUUUGGGUGAGACUUUUUUUAAAACUUGUUUUUCUAAAAAGACAUAUUAUAAAAAUAUGUAAAAUCCACUCUAGUGACCCAUUCCACCGCCACCCCCAGGGACCCCACUGUGAAAAAGAGGAACCUUUUCCAUCCACUGCGGCUCUGCCCUCGGGCUCCGAGUUUCGUAACCUUUGUGCACUUAAUUACAUCUGCAGAUGACAAGUUACCGUUAGAGGCAGUCUGCUGCGUCCCUGGAGGGUUGGGGACUGUGUCUGUUGCAGGGCUGGUUGGGGGACAGACAGUAGGGUCACCAACAGAGUGGGGAGCUGUCUUGUUCCUGUGUGGACCUUUCUCCGAAGGGGCAACCUCCUGUGCCCCGGAGUGAGGGUCCCCAGCACCCGGCUCAAACAAGCUGCAAGGGGCCUGCUCACCCAAGACCGCCACCCUCCCGGCAGCCACCAUCGGCCCCCAACCCCCGGCUCCAGGAUGGACAUGAACGUGACGCGUCCGGACAACGCCACCCUCCUGAUGCUGCGGGACCCGGCCAUCGCGGUGGUCCUGCCGGUGGUAUACUCGCUGGUGGCACUGAUAAGUAUCCCUGGCAACUUGUUCUCCCUGUGGGUGCUGUGCCGCCACAUCGGACCCAAGACACCCUCGGUCAUCUUCAUGAUCAACCUGAGCGUCACGGACCUGAUGCUGGCCUGCGUGCUGCCCUUCCAGAUCUACUACCACUGCAACGGCAACCACUGGGUGUUCGGCGAGCUGCUGUGCAACGUGGUGACCGUGGCCUUCUACGCGAACAUGUAUUCCUCCAUCCUCACCAUGACCUGCAUCAGCGUGGACCGCUUCCUGGGCGUCGUGUACCCGCUGGCCUCCGCCCGCUGGCGCUGCCGCCGCUACGCCGUGGCUGCCUGCGCCGGCACGUGGCUCCUCCUUCUGGCCGCCCUGUCGCCGCUGGCCCGCACGGACCUCACCUACGCCGUGGAGGUGCUGGGCAUCGUCACGUGCUUCGACGUGCUCAAGUCCAGCAUGCUGCCCAGCGUGGCCAUGUGGGCGGUGUUCCUCCUCACCCUGUUCGUCGUGCUCUUCCUCGUUCCCUUCGUGGUCACCGUGGCCUGCUACACGGCCACCAUCCUCACGCUGCUGCGCUCGGCCGACCGCCACGGGGAGGCCCGGAGGUCCCGCGCCGUGUGCCUGGCGGCCGUGGUGCUUCUGGCCUUCGUCACCUGCUUCGCGCCCAACAACUUCGUGCUGCUGGUGCACGUGGUCAGUCGGCUGUUCUUCGGCCGCAGCUACUACCACGUGUACAAGCUCACGCUCUGCCUCAGCUGCCUCAACAACUGCCUGGACCCCUUCGUCUACUACUUCGCGUCCCGCGAGUUCCAGCUCCACAUGCGGCACUACUUGGGCUACAGGCCCCUGCCCACCGGCAGCCCCGAGGGGCACCUCGAGAGCCUCGUCUCUGGACGCACGCUGUCCGUGCGCUCCGUGGAGGGGCUGGACGCCGCCGGCCGGCCCAGCGUCAAGCGGCAGGAGAGCGUCUUCUGAGCCGGGCGCCCCUCGGGGGCGGGGGCGGGGGCGGGGCAGCCGGGAGAGGGCGGUGCGGUC